UAACAACUUUACCUGUUCCAGUUUUUCGGACAUUUUAACCGUUUGAGUUAAUCACUAAUUUUUUAAGUGAUAAGACAAGAAAUUGUAUCUAUUGUGUAUUGUCAGUCGCACUUUCGAGUUCACAGGAACAUGUCUUUGCCAGCAAAACCAUCCCCGUCCAUCCACACCGUGAUUCUACAAGGCGACAUCCUCCGGGCGCAGGAUAUGAUUGAAAAAGACGAGAAACUGCUAAAGAAAACUGAUGAUAGCGGACGCCUCCCACUCCACUGGGCUGCAAGCACAGGACAUAAAGAAUUUGUAGAAUUUCUUUUGGCGAAAGCUCCCAACAUGGAUAUUGACGCUACCGAUGAUUCAAAUUUAACACCGCUUGUCAUUGCGGCUGCUGCUGGGAGGACGGAUAUUGUCCGACUAUUGUUAGCCAAGGGAGCAGAUAUUAACUCGCAAAAUUCUGGAGGUCAUUCCGCUCUUCAAUAUGCAGCAUCGAAGAAUCAUUAUGACAUUGUGGAAUUGCUUAUCACCAACGGUGCCAAUGUCAACAUUACGGAUAAUCUUAACGCUACACCCCUACAUAGAGCUUCGUCGCAAGGACAUACCAAAAUUGUGAGACUGGUUCUCGACAAGGGCGACAGGAUCGACGUCAACGCUCGUGAUAGCGCCGGAAAUACUCCACUGCACUUGGCCUGUGAAGAAGAACGAGUGGAAGAAGCAAAGAUGUUGGUGCAUCAUGGUGGAGAUAUCAGCAAGGAAAACAAGGCCAAGAAAACGCCACUUCAAUAUGCAUCGGAAAAUUUAGCUGCAGUUUUGAAAAAUAUUUCUGAAAAUUUAUAGUUUGCAAAUUGCUACCACAAAUAUUUGUAUGUCUAUCUGAAAACAAGAUCUUGUCAGAUCUGAUGUGGAUUUUUUGUAAAAGCUUCAAUUAAUUUUUAAUGUCAAAUAAAUAUUAGUACUGCAACUAUGCAAAAUUCA